GCGGAAGUAGACGUUCAGAACCGGGCUAGGCGGCGCCGAGGCCACAUCCGGGAGAGGCGAGGAGAGCGGAAGUGGCGUUGGUCUGGCCGGAGCCCUUGGGUGAAAUUGUUAGGCGUGGAGAGGGAGUGAUGUCUUCCAGACUCGGUGCAGUCCCCGCUACCCCGGGACCCACGUCCUUUAAGCAGCAGAGGAGCACCAGGAUCGUGGGAGCUAAGAAAUUGGAUCAUUUCUAUUGCUCUGUCUUCAAGUUCACAGACUCUUUCCUCAGUCAUCUUCAUUCUGCUACUGAACCCAUGCAUGCCGAGAAUCGAACCCAGUGCCUCACACAUGCCAGUAGCAGGACCCAGUGCUCCAUAAAGGAUAAUAGUUUCCAGUACACUAUCCCUCACGAUGACUCCUUAAGCGGCUCAUCAUCUGCCUCUUCAUGUGAACCAGUGAGUGAUUUUCCAGCAUCCUUCCGAAAAUCUACCUACUGGAUGAAAAUGAGGAGAAUCAAACCAGCUGGAACUUCUCGUACUGAAGGGUCAGGUGGAGUAUCAGCAAAAGGAAAAAGGAAACCCAAGCAGGAAGAAGAUGAAGAUUAUGGUGAAUUUCCUCAGAAAAAGCAUAAGCUUUAUGGGAGGAAGCAACGGCCUAAAACUCAGCCUAAUCCCAAAUCCCAGGCUCGUCGUAUUCGGAAGGAACCACCAGUUUAUGCAGCAGGCAGUUUGGAAGAACAAUGGUACUUAGAAAUCGUGGAUAAAGGCAGUGUUUCCUGUCCUACCUGCCAGGCAGUGGGGAGGAAGACCAUAGAGGGUUUAAAGAAACACAUGGAAAACUGCAAACAGGAAAUGUUUACUUGCCAUCAUUGUGGGAAACAACUUCGUUCACUGGCAGGGAUGAAGUAUCAUGUCAUGGCGAAUCAUAAUAGUUUGCCCAUUUUGAAGGCUGGAGAUGAAAUAGAUGAACCAAGUGAGAGGGAACGGCUUCGAACAGUCCUAAAGAGACUGGGAAAGCUCAGGUGCAUGCGUGAGAGUUGCUCCAGUACCUUCACCAGCAUUAUGGGAUAUCUAUACCAUGUUAGAAAAUGUGGCAAAGGGGCUGCAGAGCUGGAGAAGAUGACCCUGAAGUGUCACCACUGUGGAAAACCAUAUAGAUCGAAGGCUGGACUUGCAUAUCACCUGAGGUCAGAGCAUGGGCCUAUUUCCUUCUUUCCAGAGUCGGGACAGCCAGAGUGCUUAAAAGAUAUGAGCCUGGAGCCAAAAAGUGGGGGGCGAGUUCAGAGGCGUUCUGCCAAGAUAGCUGUAUACCACUUGCAGGAGCUGGCCUCUGCUGAACUGGCCAAGGAGUGGCCUAAGAGGAAGGUGCUUCAGGACCUGGUACCUGAUGAUCGAAAGUUAAAAUAUACUCGCCCUGGUCUACCUACCUUCAGCCAGGAAGUACUACACAAAUGGAAGACAGAUAUCAAGAAGUAUCAUCGUAUUCAGUGUCCUAACCAGGGUUGUGAGGCUGUCUACAGUAGUGUAUCUGGCCUUAAAGCUCACCUGGGCUCUUGUACAUUGGGAAACUUUGUGGCUGGAAAAUACAAGUGUCUUCUAUGUCAGAAAGAAUUUGUAUCGGAGAGUGGUGUCAAGUAUCACAUCAACUCUGUCCAUGCUGAGGAUUGGUUUGUUGUAAAUCCAACAACCACCAAAAGCUUCGAAAAGCUGAUGAAGAUAAAGCAGCGGCAGCAGGAAGAAGAAAAGCGGAGGCAGCAGCACAGGAGCAGAAGGUCUCUUAGAAGGCGGCAGCAGCCUGGCAUUGAGCUUCCUGAAACUGAGCUGAGUCUUAGAGUAGGGAAGGAUCAGAGGAGGAAUAAUGAGGAACUGGUCGUGUCGACCUCCUGUAAGGAAUCAGAGCAGGAGCCAGUGCCCGCACAGUUCCAGAAAGUAAAGCCCCCAAAGACGAAUCAUAAACGAGGAAGGAAAUAGGCAGUCAGUGAAAGUGCUCCUAGGAGAGUGAAUGUGAUGCUCUUGUCACAGGGAACUAUGUCGGGAGGCCUGAGUGGUGGGGCUGAGCAAAGAUGCUUUCAGCUAUUUGUGUAAGGCUGUGACUUUCUCAGCUCCUUUCUCCUGUGUAAAUUUCAUUGUCUUCUCUACUAACUCACUUUCAUUCUCCCUCUUUCCCCUUUUAGUAGGUUUUCCUACUAUUCCUCUUUGGAGUCCUCUUGUUUUUCUCUUCUCUUGCCCAAAGAGCUCCCUCUUAAGGCCAAGUAUAUGCCCCUCUUGCCCUAUUCAAGAUUAAGAAACCUGUUUGGUUGUCUUUUCCUUCCUGGGGUUUGAAUGUUCUUGGAAGCUCCAUUGAUUUAGUAGCCAUUCCAUCAUCUAGCUUAUAAAACAAUUCCAAACUAAUUUUUUAAAACCAUACUGGUUUAUCAUUUUGUAUUUGUGAUAUUGUUAUAGAAGCUAGAACUGUUGUCACUUAUAUAGUAGGUUACCCUGUCCUCUUGGGAAGCAAAACUUUAUGGAGGCUGUUGUGUGUCCUCAAUAUGGUUUUAGGAUUGAAAGUAAGAAAAGGACUUAGCAAGAAAAAGCUAGAACCUCCCUCCACUGGUUAUACUGGGAAAUCUUUCUACCAGGUAGCAGUGACUAACUAGACCCACAGGCAUGAAAAGCAGCCUUAGGAGUAAUGUGGCCCAAACAUUAAAAUGACUAGAAAGAAAAAGUAGAAGCAAUAAAUACUGCUCCAAACUUUCUGGGGCCUGAAGUCUCAUCUGUUGCAAUGAUGCCCUCCUGAAGCUUGCUUUUGCUCCCUUGAUUCUAAGGAUUGAGAAAUGUCACAAUGCCCCUGACACAGUAGCCUACUGCUCCUGGUAAUGCCAUUAAGAUUGGAAAUCAUGGUGCACAUUCCUUCUGCCCUGGAUUUUACCUCACUUGUUAGUCUAUAAUCCUGCUAAGUCCUCAUCCAUUCCUUUAGACAACCCUGUGUCUGAAUUUUCUGAGAAUAUUGUCCUUCUAUCCUCUUUUAUAUAUGAAGUUCUAUCCUCUUUAUAUUCUGACACUUUGACACCAGAUGUAGAUAUUAAUCUGGAGCUGGAAAGUAAAGUUCUUUUUCUGUACCUCAUACUUACCUGGUAAUGUUUAAUGGACUCUUCCCCUUUGAGGGUGGCUUUCUCUGGAGCAUUGGUUAGAGCAGCAUUGUGUUUCUGGAUUCUCUUUCCCCUUUUGCAUAAAAUGUUGGUCUUAUAUAUUCUUGCCUAUUUUGUGGCAUAUGCCACUUAAAAAAUUAGACUUGAUGUGGAUGAAUACUACCUUUCAAAUUCUGAAGCUAUUACCACCCUUUAACUCUGUUGUUUGUGCUCCUCUGAAUAGCUUUAACAUGUGGGCUUUUGUGAAGACCACUUUCAAACAAGGGAGCAUUGAAACCUGGAUUAGAUACUGCCAGAAUAGGUAGUUUUGAAACAAGUGAAGGAAAUGGAAUGUCUACACUACAUUUUUAUUGAUAGUUGCAUCCUUAAAACCUUUCAGUAGAUGAGGGUUGUCAGGGAGGAGAAAUGAAGAAGCUAUGUUAAUUUCUGGUGAGUAAGACUUGGGGAAUGUUUGGCAAUGACAAAAGAAAUAAAUGGCUCUCACUUAGAAUGGUGUUUCCAGUUGUUUUUUGAUUUCGACCUGGACCUGCUGCUUGACUCUUUGCUGGUGCUGUAUGUGGGGCUAAGAAGAUGGCUGGAGGUGGGGAUGAGUCUGAAAUAAGUCCAUAUGCAAUUGUCUCAGUAGUUCUAUAACUCCUCAAAUGAAGAAUUUGAGGCUAAAGUGAAAUGAUACGGGAAAUAUAUUGUCCUGUUUCAUCCAGGCCCCUUGUAGUACUCCUAUUCUGUUUGUUUCUCAAGGUUGAGGAUCAGCAGGAGUCAAUAUAGAUCAUCCUCAUUACACUACUCAGUUUUUAAAAAAAAUUCAUUACAGUAACUAAGUUUGGUGGUAUUGAGUAUAUCUAGGAUGUUUAGUAGUAUAAACUUUCAUGCUCAAUUUUGGAGUGUUAAUUGGCCUAAUCACUUUGAAAAUGAUUUGCCAAUAUCUAGUAAUAAUAUAAUCCUGAGGUUGAACAGCUUUGGUCCUGGGUAUAGAUAGAGAAAUUCGUUUUGCUCACUUUAGCAAGAAAGUUGAACAGGUUGAUUAUUGCAGUACUGUUUACAAUAGAGAAAUAUUGAAAAUGUGUAUCAGACUACCUAUCCACCUAAAUCUGCUCUCAUCUUCUGAAGUUAUAGGCCUGUAGGACAAAUGGCUAGACUGCUUUUUCCACUUUCCUGUCUUCUGGCAGUAAAGGGUUUGCCAGUUGAGUUCCCUCUAUGGAAUGUGAGUGUAAGUGAUAGGUAUCACUUUCCAGGCUAGCAGUUUGAAGACAGUAAGUGUACCUCUAAGCUCCCUUUCCCUUUCUGCUAUCUAGACACAGAUGAUGUUGGGGAGAACACAAAAUGGAAGAUAGUUGACUCCCUGAGUCACCCUGUGAAGGAGAAUCAUUUGCCAACCAAGAACAUUUAUCUGAGACUGUUAUGUAAGCAAGAAAUAAAUGUGUAUUUGAGACAUUA